CUCGUCUUCAAGCCUUUCCUCUUCUUCUUCAUAGUUCAUCACCUCCACCCCCUCUGCCCUCCUACGCGCCUUCAACAUUCAGGUUGAGCGGUGGAAUUCUUUUCCGGGAAGGAAUUUGCGAUAUUUUUUUAUGUACUUUGAUUAUUUUCCGUACUUCAUUUAAUUUUGAAGCCGUUCAUUUAUUGCAAUGGUGUUAUUUUUCAACUCGAGAGUGAUUUGAUUUGGUUAGUUCAAUUGGUUAGUUGACGCCGUUAAAGAUAGGGUUUAGACGAGAUUUCAUUUAAUUUUGAAGCCGUUCAUUUAUUGCAAUAGUAUUAUUUUUCAACUAAGAGAGUAAUUUGAUUUGGUUAGUUUACACCGUUAGAAUCCAUUACCCAAGAUAGGGUUUAGACGAGUCAAUCGAGCUUGGAUUCAUCAUGCUUAAAAUUGUAUUAAGCUUUAGGUUGUUGAUUAAGAAGCGAGCCGAGAGCUCUAACGAAGCUUGAUUUAUUUACGUACAUGUAAGCACCUCGGUCGGUGAGGAUUUUUUUUUUUUUUUGGGUUAAUUUUAUUUAUUUAUUUCCUUAGCCAACUUAAGGGAUUAAGGGGGUUUGUUUGUUCAAACCAAAUCAACUGAAAAAGUGACUAUUUUGUGUUCCCGGAACUUUCUCAAAAUUGAAGGAUGGAAGUGUCUAAAAUUGCACUGGUCAGGGUGUUGGCUGUUGCACUAUCACUCUGUGCUGUUGUUAGGUGUUGUUCUGCCCACCACGUUUCAGUAGCCUGUAUGAUGGCUUAUGAUGAAGGUGGUUCACCUGCACUUUUUAGGUCACAAGAAUGUCCUCUACGGGAGUGGACUCCUUCAAAUGGAGUUUCUCAAAAUCAUCCUACAGCAAACUGUGGGUUUGCCGCAGCAAUUCUUCAAGGCCGUCGAAACUAUCAAGAAGACCGUAUUGCUUGCAAUCCUGCAAUGAAGAUUCCUUUCUUGGGUAACGAUGGGCAGGAGAAUGUUAAUGUUGGUGUAGCAGCAGUUUUUGAUGGUCAUGGAGGUGCUGAAGCUAGUGAAUUUGCUUCCAAGAAGUUUUUGAGUUAUUUUUACCUAAAUGUUUUGUUUAACAUCUACAAGCAAGCAUCCCCCCACAAGGGCAAUGACGAAGCAAAUCAAAACAAAAGUAGUGUUGAGAGAUCAGGUACAACAUCAUCUUUGAUUGAUGAUACAUCCUUAUAUGACAUUUUAAACGAAGCUUUAAUAAGGACAUUCCGAGACAUUGAUUCAGAAUUUACUCGGGAAGCUUUGAGGAAUAAUUAUGCUUCAGGGUCUACGGGCACUGUUGCUCUGAUAGUAAAUGGUCGAUUGUUAGUUGGUUUUGUUGGUGACUCAAAAGCUCUUUUGUGCUCAAACAGAAGUCUUGCUUCUCAGGGUGGCGAAGGCACUUCAAUGAGGACUUCCUAUGUUCAGGAAUUGACAAAAGAUCAUCAUCCAGAUAGAGAAGAUGAAAAAGCUCGAAUAGAAACUGCUGGUGGUUUUGUCCACACCUGGGGUGUGCCUCGUGUUAAUGGCAUAUUGGCUAUGACCAGAGCUAUUGGUGAUCUGAGCUUGAGGAGAUUUGGAGUCAUAGCCGAACCUGAAGUGAUUGGAUGGCAAACUCUAACCACUGAUAACAGCUUUUUGGUGAUAGGAUCUGAUGGUAUAUUUGAAGGGUUGACUCCUGCAAAUGUUUGUGCUAUUUUACAUAAUAAUGCCUGUAAACCAGGGACUACAGAGUCCAGUGGCUCAUCUUCCUGUUUGGCCCCAUCAGCAUUAGCUAAUCGUAUUGUUAACAAUGCAUAUGAGAACGGCAGCCAUGACAACAUAUCUGUUAUCGUGAUUCCCCUGGAGUCAGCUUAUCAUUCUCAAUAGUUAGCAGUGCUGUUUUGCCAGGAUAUAACCAUUUUAAAGCUGACUACCAUACGAGCAGAUCGUUUGUUCAUCCUUUUAUUUGCUUUUAACUGUAGUUGCAAUUUUUAGGUUCUUGUCGAUGAGUUUUUUUACGAGUUA